AGGGGAGUUUUGUUGGAAGUUGCAAAGUCCUGGAGCCUCCAGAGGGCUGUCGGCGCAGUAGCAGCGAGCAGCAGCGUCCGCGCGCUCCGGCGAGGGGCAGACGAGCUCGAGGGAGCGCGGGACAGCGGGAGCUAAAGCCGAGCGCGGACCGACCCGGGACCCACCGCCGUCCCCAGGCCGCCCAGCAGAGCCCCAGCCAUGGCACACCAACUCUUAUGCUGCGAGGUGGAGACCAUCCGCCGGGCGUACCCCGAUGCCAACCUCCUCAACGACCGGGUGCUGCGGGCCAUGCUCAAGGCGGAGGAGACCUGCGCGCCCUCGGUGUCCUACUUCAAGUGUGUGCAGAAGGAGAUCCUGCCGUCCAUGCGGAAGAUCGUGGCCACCUGGAUGCUGGAGGUCUGUGAGGAGCAGAAGUGCGAGGAAGAGGUCUUCCCGCUGGCCAUGAACUACCUGGACCGCUUCCUGUCGCUGGAGCCCGUGAAAAAGAGCCGCCUGCAGCUGCUGGGGGCCACCUGCAUGUUCGUGGCCUCCAAGAUGAAGGAGACCAUUCCCCUGACGGCCGAGAAGCUGUGCAUCUACACUGACAACUCCAUCCGGCCCGACGAGCUGCUGCAAAUGGAGCUGGUCCUGGUGAACAAGCUCAAGUGGAACCUGGCCGCGAUGACCCCGCACGACUUCAUCGAGCACUUCCUCUCCAAAAUGCCCGUGGCCGAGGAGAACAAACAGAUCAUCCGGAAGCACGCGCAGACCUUCGUCGCCCUCUGUGCCACAGACGUGAAGUUCAUUUCCAACCCGCCUUCCAUGGUGGCAGCGGGGAGCGUGCUGGCCGCGGUGCAAGGCCUGCCCCUGGGGAGCUCCAACAGCUUCCUGUCCUAUCCGCGCCUCACCCGGUUCCUCUCCAAAGUGAUCAAGUGUGACGCGGACUGUCUCCGGGCGUGCCAGGAGCAAAUCGAGGCCCUGCUGGAGUCCAGCCUGCGCCAGGCCCAGCAGCAGAGCCUAGACCCCAAGGCGGCGGAGGAGGAGGAGGAGGAGGAGGAGGCCGACCUGGCCUGCACACCCACCGACGUUCGAGACGUGAACAUUUGAGGGCGCGCGUGCGUGGCGCGGGAGGGGCCGGCCCCGGGUGCUCCCUGGACAGGACCGCUCCUCGCCAGGACCGGUCACGACCAGAAGGGAAAGCUUCCUUCUCCUUUACUGUCGGUUUUUUUCCUUUGCUCUUUCUCCCUUCCGUCUCUGACAUAAGCAAAAGAAAAAAAAAGUAUCCGAGAAGCUGUCUUUAAAAAAAAAAAAAAAAAAGAAAAGAAAAAAAAAGGAGAGAAAAAAAAAAUAGUAUUUGCAUAACCCUGAGCUGGGGGGAGGGGGUGGGGGGAGGCUGUGCUACAAAAAUAGAGAACCUUAUACCCCAUAAUCAACUAGGUCGUAUGCGAACGUGUUUGUGUCUCUGUGUCGUAAGGAUAGGCAUUAACACAAGGAACAAGUCUGCAGGGGAGGAUUAGAUUUGAUUCUUUCUGUGUUUAAAACAAAACGACGGCAAAAAAAAAAAAAAAAAGCAUGAAAACACGGUAAAAACGAGAGAAAAGCCAAGAAACCAUUUCUGAAGCGGAAGAGGGUCGUAGGUAGCAAACGUGUUCGUGUGCUGUUCUGAAGGAGCACAGCUUUAAGGCGGUUCUAGGCGUCCCACAACUCGCUUGCUUGGGCAUGUAGUCACUUUAUGAGUAAGUCAUUUGUGCGCGUUCAUUUUAUCCCGUAGGUAGGCGCAUAACCUCCUCACCUGUCAGUGGCUGGCGUAACCUCGGUUAGCGUAGCGUAGAGCUCAGCACGGCCGCGUGCUGACCCUCCCUCCACCUGUGGCCCGACCCGGGGCGGGUGGCCGGGCACCGGCCGGCGUGGCGGCCACAGAAAUCCAGCUCCGACUCCUGGCCUGCGCUACUGUAAAAGAGAACCCGCCACCGCGACGUAAUAUAUUCUAUUUUUAUAAUCUUCAUAUUUUUGUAGUGGCCUGUUUAGGAGAUGCCGGUUUCUCACCCCACAGACCCACAGCCUGCUCACAUCCAGGUGAAAUCCACGGCCCCUUUCCCCACCCCCCCUUCUCAAUAUUCUAGAACCAUUUUCCCUCUUCAAUAUUCUAGAACCAUUUCUCCUCUAUAAUGUUCUAGAACUCUUUUUUCCUGUUUGACGUUCUAGAACCAUUUUUCCUCUCCAGUGCCCUAGAACCAUUUUUUCCUUCUCGAUAUUCUAGAACCAUUCCAUUUCCAAGCACUUUCAACGAAUCUCUCUGUUUAUGUUGUGUGUGGAGGGGGGGGGGCAGUUUCUUAAUGGAAUGGUUUGGGAAUAUUCACGUACUUGGGUGCAGACGGGAUUGCGAGGCAAGUGCAUGUCGCUGUGGAGUUAGCGGGAGGGGGUGUUCUCGAAGGUGAGCUUCCAGUCAAGAAGUGCAUUCUUACGUUGCCAGGAUGAUGCGUUUCUUUCUCUGUCGGGUAGUGUAAGUUUAGGAAUCUUUUGGUGCCAACUGGUGUUUGAGAGUAGGGGCCUUUAAAGGUUUACCUCGAGAAGGUGUAGUUUAAGGGUUAGGGAGGUCUUGAAACACUAAAAUAUAUAAUUUAUAGUUAAGGCUAAAAAGAAUAUUUAUUGCAGAGGAUGUUCGUAAGGCCAGUAUGAUUUAUAAAGUCAUGUAAUCUCCCCUUGAUUUAAACACACACACACACACACAACUUUCUGCCUUUGGUGUUAUGGGUUUCACACAGUGUAUAACCGUUAGGUCCUUUUUUAUAGGAGAGAUAACAAAAGUCCUGAG